AGAUGCGCGGCUAACGGCGGCGCAGGCCUCCCCCCCACCUCCACCCCCGUCCCCGCUCCCAGCGGGAAGGAAGCCCGGACUGCUCUCGGCUCCAGAGCGAGGCGCACACAGCAACGAGAUGAAGAGGCUGCUCCAUUAGAUAUGUCUGCUCAGUUGUUGGGACUGGGGAUCAUGGAUGAAGAUCGGUUAAUUGAACAAGCCCUGGACCAGUUUAUUAAUCGCCACGAGCAGACAUAUGAAGAAUUUUUGAAUACUUUCACUCAUCUUUCAAAAGAUCGUCACAUGAUCAAGAACAGAACACCUGGAACAGACUCUUCAGGAGAUGGCUUUGGUCCGGUUGUGUAUCCUCCCGCUCAGCAUAUCAGGAAUGAGCACCUUUCUCUCUGUCCUGUAGCACAGCCUCCAGAGGAAGAGCAGAUUGUGAUUGAUGAAGGCCAGAAAGUUGGCAUUUCCAUUCGAGGUGACCUAAAUCGGGCAGGAAAGGUCAAGGUAGAUAAUUUCCUAGAUUUGGAAGAUUUUGACAUGGAUGAAGAAACUGACCACAGAUUGGGCCGAGAGUUGCUGCUGCUUCCAGGAGAGGUAGAAGAGGAGGUACAUUUCUCUGUCUCAGGCUACAUUCCUUCUUUUGACCGGCACUCUCUCCCUGAAUCGAAGACUUGCCCAACAGAAGAACUGGCGUGCUGGCAUUUGAAGGAGGUACCCGGGGAUGAAGUCCAGCCGUUCUCACUUGAUGAAGAGUUUGACUACGACAGUGUGAUGCUGACCCCCAAGUUCUCUAGUGCAGAGAUGAAAGCAAUUGUGGAAAUGUCCAGCCAGAGCAGACUGGAGCCUGACAUGGAGGCCGGAGGACCAAACACCUGACUAGGAGUAAUAGUUUCUUGUUUCCUUUUUCUCUUGUCCUUAUCAAGUAAUUUUAAAAUAAAAGGCAAACCAACUGUUGUAUGUUAGGAUCAUA